GGACUACUUACUUUUCAAAUAUCAACAUCCUAAACAUGCUUUUUUGAACCGCGCUUCAUCUCACCGGCAUGUCAAUUGACUUGUGAUUCUACAGAAACCCUCAUUUAGAUCAUUCUUCAGUCGCCAUGUCGUGGCCGUACCAGUUCAUUUCUCUCUCCAAAGAUGACAUGCUGCAUCGCAGGGAGCUGCUUGAUCUUCGAGGGUAUUACGCACAAUGGUCAAUUGUUGUGGUCAUCGUCGCCAUUCGAAUUUUUCGCUUUGCUACGAGAUCAACCGUUAAGCGGGAUGGCCUGGUUUCUGGAAAGACCCGACAGUAUCUUGUCUGCGGGCUGUGGCUACUAUGGCUUUCAGGCCUUUCGAUAUGGAACAGUGGUAAUGACUACCUCCAUUUGACCAAAGCAUUGGGCCAAGUUGGCCUGUCCCAACUGCCACUGCAGGUUCUGAUGUCUCCAGCAUACAUCUCUCAACCGGCAGCCUCAUCUGUACUGUCCCUUCUGACCGGUAUCCCUCAGCCAGUGUUGACACCGUACCACCGUCUCUUUGGUCGGGCGGUUGUCUCUCUUCUGUUGGCUCACGCCGCGCUGUAUACGCUGUUCUUCGUGCAAUCCAGCCAUCCUGAAUUUGGUGUAUUGCUCUUCAAGCGAGUCCAAGACUUAGACGUCCAAUGUGGCCUGGUCGCGAUAUUCUCUGCGGUGCUGCUUGUUCUCUUCAUGCGACCUGCUUCCCAGAGGAAGGGACUCCAAACUUGGCUUGUUCAAGGAACCUUUCAAGAACGCAGGAAGAUGUUUUAUUUCGGUCAUGUGUCUUUGGUGGUAUUAUUGUGUAUUGCGGCUUACUCCCAUGUUAGGCAGGCGCAGAAGUACAUUCUGCAGACUUUAGCAGCUUCUGUGCUUAAUUGGGUGUGCUCUUGGGCGCUAUGUUAGUGUUAGCUGAGGAAAUAUAACAUGCAUAAUAGUUCUUUUUUAAAA